GUGCUGGCGUUUGCGUAGCGUUCAGGAAGCGGUUAACCUUGAUGGAGGAUGGUAGACAGAGGUCUGUAACAGCUCACAAAGCAAAUGGAAAAUCUAGACUGCAAUUUGUGCUCAAUCAUUUAGUUAAACGUCGAAAACACUGACCUGCAUUCUCAUGGAGGCGCAUUUCUCCGCUUGUUCCUGAAACUUUACAGUCGCCGUGACUUUGAGGCUGUUCACUGCUGCUGAGACGAUGAUGAUGACGAUAACGGGAGGAGGCCACGGCCGGAGGUGCAGCCCUCGCUAGGACCUACACGCUCUCCCCAAGUUCACCCCUCCGCCGUCCGCCCGCCCGCCGCCCGCCCGCCACUGCUGUUCGCCCCCCUCCGACGCCAUGGCCAAUCACCUGGAGCUCAUCCAAGAGCUGCAGCAGCUGGACAAAGUGCCCAGUCUGGAGAGGCUGCGGGCGGCCCAGAAGCGUCGCACCCAGCAGCUGAAGAGAUGGGCCGUGUACGAGAAGGAGAUGCAAAGCAAGAAGCGGAAGGCUGACAAGAAGGGACGCGGCGCCAGCAGCCUCUACUACUCCGGGGCCAAGAGGCACGUGUCGUUCGCCGCCAGCGUGGCCCUUCUGGAGGCCUCGGCCAGGAAUGAUCCAGACGAAGUUCGUUACCUGCUAAAGAACAACGUGAGUCCAGACCUCUGCAAUGAAGAUGGUCUCACGGCCCUGCAUCAGUGUUGCAUAGACAACUAUGAAGAGAUGGUGAAGAUCCUGCUGGACCGAGGAGCCACUGUCAACGCUCAGGACAACGAGUUAUGGACGCCGCUGCACGCUGCUGCUACCUGUGGCCACGCAGGACUCGUCAAGAUACUCAUCUCAAACGGCGCCGACCUGCUGGCAGUCAACUCUGACGGGAACAUGCCCUACGACCUGUGCGAGGACGACCCUACACUGGACAUCAUUGAGACCGCCAUGGCCAACAAAGGCAUCACCCAGGAGAUGAUCAACGAGACGCGAGCGUCGACAGAGAGGAGGAUGCUGGGAGACAUUCAAGAACUGCUGAGACAAGGAGAGGAGGUCAACCAGCAGGACUCUCAGGGAGCCACACUGCUCCACAUCGCAGCAGCGAAUGGCUACGUGCAGGCUGCAGAGCUGCUGCUGGAGGGGGGAGCUCGCAUGGACCUGAGAGACUCAGAUGGAUGGCAGCCUCUUCAUGCUGCGGCGUGCUGGGGUCAGAUGCAUGUGGCAGAGCUGUUGGUGUCUCACGGAGCCAGUCUCAAUGCCAAGACCUUCCUAGACGAGACUCCCAUUGAUCUGUGUGAGGACGAGGAGUUCAGGGCCAUCCUGCUGGAUCUGAAACACAAACACGACAUUAUCAUGAAGUCGCAGCUCAAACACAAGACCUCACUGUGCAGGCGGACAUCGAGUGCAGGCAGCCGCGGGAAAGUGGUGCGGCGGGCCAGUCUGUCAGACAGACACAACCUGUGCCGUAAGGAGUACGAAACAGAGGCCAUCGUGUGGAGGGGAGGAAGGGAGGAGGAAGAGGAGAAAGAGAAGGAGUCUGAUCAGGAGAACAAUCAAGUGGUGAACGUCAAGCCAGUUGUUGCUGUGGAGCUGCCAGACAAGUCCAAGCUACCCACCAUCCUCAAAGAUGGCAUCAGCAAACAGAACGGCCUCAUCUCCACGACGACUUCUGUGCCACCGCAGCUGCCCUCCAACGGCAGCACACCAUCGCCCAACAAGAGCGGGGCCGUAGACGCCCAGUCCGCCCAGGAGGAAGCCUGUCCAAAAGAGCGUGCUCAGACGUUGUCUGAGCUGAAGAAACAAAGGGCCGCAGCCAAACUGUUGAAUCACCCGCUGUUCAAUGGUCACCUUGGUAACGGCUCCACAGACUCCUUCUCCGAUGCCAAAAUCAACUCUGAGGACCCCCGCAUGCCGCUGGUCUCCUCCAAUGGCAACGCAGUUUACUACACGCCAGCCAGCGGAGACCCACCCCUCCUCAAACUGAAACAGCCCAUAGAAGAGGAGCAGCCCAAGUCACGGACCUGCUGCUGCGUGUCAUAGCGCCCCGGUCACGUGACUGUUGACGGAACAGGAAGUGUUUGCACAGAGAGGAACGAAGCAGGGAAGAUGCUGUAGAAAGAGGCGAAGGAAUGAAAUAGGAAGUAUUCCUGUAUUUUAACGUUCUGUCCUCCCCCCACACUUUAAACUUCUACCAGAGAAGGAGGGCGUCAUGAAGGGGGUCUAAAAAAAAAAUGUUCCUUGUACCUUCACAUGUCACAUGACUCCCGCCACACUGAAGACCUUCCCUGAGUGUAGGCAUGUUUAAAUGUUGCAGAGAAAGGGAUCGAGCAGUGCCACGUUGUCGUCACUUGGAUAAAAUUCCUUUUUUUGUAUGUGGAGUCGUGUCUGCUGCCAUGCUGUCCGUGUGCCCCUUCUAAGAAUCAGAGUGUCUGGAGUUGUUUUGGUUUUCUGGAAGGUUAAAUAUGGGCAACUUCUGAAGAUUGCAACCAACUGCAUGGUCUACCUUCAGACAGAGAGAGAGAAACGAAGCCUUUUUUAGCCUCCAAAUGGAUUGUUAUCAUGACUUGACCCAACGUUUAAUCCAGGAUGAACUCACAUUGUUAUCAGACCACAAUGUUCUGCUUUUUUUGCCUCAACUGAGCAGGAAUGCCAUCCCGAGGUGGUCCAGAUAUAUUGUAUUACACCGUGCUGUACUGCAGCAUAUAAGCAAAACGUAGCAAAAAGAGAUCCGCGACGUCUCUUUUGAAGUCUCUUUCAGGUUGAGACUGGCUGCAAAAGUAAAGGGAAGGAAUGCCAUAAACCAGUGUUGAACCAUUCAAGAAGUGUACUUCCACAGCGAGAGACGCCAGGAAAGAGUACAGCGCUGCACAAGUGUUUGAAACUGUCACUAUAUUCCAUCACCUAUAUUUCACCUCACCGUCCUCUCGUAUCCAACCUAAGUGACAGGUUUGUUUUAUGCAUAAUCCACUUUGUGCUCACUCGCACAGAUAAUUUAAGCAAACACGGUUGGAAAUGACUGUACAUUGCUUUAUUUAUGAAAUUUAUGUAAUGUGUAAAAAAAAAACAAAAACGAAAAAAAAAAAAACAGAAGCAUAAUAGUUCCUACAGUUGAGUGUAUUUAUUAUUUGGAUGGUGUGUGGAGAGUGUGAAUGCAAUAUGAGAAAGCACCUUCUGACAUGAAAAAAACAAAAACUUUCAACUGAUGAAGUGAAGUAAGGGUAACUGUCUGCUAAAUGUAUACGUUAUUAAUAACACAAACAUCCUACUGGGAUGUGUUCAUAUGUGUCACUACAAAUAACAGUGUUAUUUGUUUAUGUUUUGUUUUUGUUUCCUGGUGGCCAUUGUGUGGCCCGACCUUCCCCCACGUUAUCACUGUACUUGUCUUAUUAACGAAAAUUGUAAAUGUUACGUAAUGAAUUACUGUAAGUGUAGUAUGAGUUGUCAAAAGAUAAAAACUCGAUGCCUCAGUUUGUUAAACAUCAGCCCCCUCAUGGAUUCGGCAUUUAGCGAGUCCACAACUUUAUUUUAGCACGUCUGGGUCACACCAAACACAAAGUAUGCAUCAAUCUAAUCCCAAAAAAAAAGAGCUUAAUUAAAGUGUUUGUUUGACAUUUUUGGAAAUUAGCUUAGCUUAUGACUAUAAAAGUGUGAAACAGCUAGUCUGGCUCAGUUCAAAGCUACCACCUAGCUUUUAUUUGUCUUUCCAUAUCAAUAUGUCUCAGUUUCCCAGAAAGCAUUGAGCCAGCGUGUACAAUACCAAACUGCGGCUGUUGCGGAAAAUUCAAUUAAAUAAAGCCACUAAUUCUACUAAAACUUUUCCUACUUUGACAAGUCAAAAUACUGUAACAACCAAAUUUGUGAAAUCCUGUUAUCCAUAUUUUGUUUUCGUCAGUCAAAGCAACGCUAGCUUUUCCCCUGUUUCCAGUCUUUGCUAAUCUAAGCAGGAACUGGCUAUAGCUUAAGUUUACGCUGCCUUCAAUUGGUGUUGUUUUUUAUCAUGUUUGUCCAUAUAAAGUGAGAUUUUAAUGAGGUCCAAGUUCUCAAGUUAUGACGUGCUGAUAUUUUCAGAGAUGGUGGAUGAUGAAGUCAUAGCUAUACUGUCAUCCAGUCAUAGUUUCCUUAGCAAUUUAUUAGAUCUCUGAGGAAAAUGCAGCCUCAACCUUUCAUUAUGUCUGCGCAUGUCCUUCAUUAAGUUACCUGGUCAUUACUUUUCUUCAAGACUCCUACUGUUGCCUAGCAGUUGUGCUCACGUGAUUGAUGUUGAUGUUUGAAUGACAACUAUUUUGCUAGCGUGACUAACCACAGGGUUACAGGUUCCAUUUGAAGGCGGCAUUAAGACAAAAUGAGGGUGGGCAUCAACCUUUUCAUCUAAACCUGGGUUUCCAAAAAUGUUAUGAGUGCCAAAGAGUCUCCCAUGAGUAAAAAAAAAAAGACUUCUAUGGGCAUUUGAAAAGCUUUGGAGCAAGGUUUUCUUUUGCCAUUACAGAGUUUUUUUUUCUUUUUGCUUCUGAUGCUCCCCCCGUUUUUGAAAAUGUGAUAACCCAAAAUACCACUCUGUCACACUUUAUCCCCGUAACGUGAACUGUACAGUGUCAAAUAUUUGUACAGAUGUUUGUAAAUAUGUUUGUAUUAGCAUUCCCUUAUCUGUUCACAUGAUUUGCAUUUACAUGUCUGUGUUGUAACUGUUGAGGAACACAUAGGAAAGUCCAGUUGCUCGUUAUUGAUGAACAGUGUUAGCAGACAUUUGGUUUGUAAAGGGGGACACUAUGUACAGCAGAUCUCCCCUGAGUAGUCACACAGUCCAAAAUCUGUCUACAAACUCAAGUACAUAUACUUAAUGUUUUCUCCCUGCUGUUCAGAGACCAGUGUUCGUGGUUCACUUAAAACCCAAUGGAAUUUUUCCUGCACGAAUUCCCUGCAAAGGUCAGGUUUUUAACGUCACGCUCUCAGACCAAGCAGGUUGAAGAAGUACAAAAUAAGUCAAAGAGAUUGCCAUACCCUCUAUUUUCGGAGCCGAGGCAUCGUUUUGCUAUGAAUCAGCUGAAAAUCACUGAAAACUGACGUUUGAGCUGCUGCAAAGAAACAAAAAAUUGAAACUGAAUGAAUUCCGAUCAAACUGAGAGAGAAAGGGACGCUCAGCUGUUACAACAACUAACAUGUGUUCUCGUGGUAAACAUAGAUCAGGGUUUGUGUUUGACCGCAAGCCUCGCUGCCUAAAAGGAUAAAGAUUAUGAAGAACUACUGAUUUUGUAAUUACUGGAAUAUAUUGAUGGUUGCAUUAACAUAUUUUGAAUAAAUUGUAUAUUUUGAGAAUUUUA